AUGGGAACUUAACGAUACCUAAUUUAUAAAGCUGUAACUUAAUAAUAUUGGUUGAUACCAAUUUUAUUAGAACUUAUAGUAUUUUAAUCGAAAGCUAAGAAAAGUGAUAGAUUCAUAAAGUUUCUAAAAUCAAUGGAAAUAAUCAAAGCAACAAAAACAUCUCCAAAAGAAAACAGAAUUUUUAUAAAACAAAGAAAAGGAUUUAAAUUAAUAUGCACUUAAAUUUGGCUUAAUAAUAUAUACUGUAUUUGUUUUUGGGGAAAAUACUUUAUUUAAUACAAUUAAUUGAUUUUUGCCUUUGAGACUUUGGUUGAAUAAUUUAAAUUAGUUGGAAUUGUAUUUUUGAGCAGAUUUUAACUAAACUUUGUAAAUAUUUUUAUUAUUUAUUACUAAUAGAAAAAAAAUAGAGAAAUAAUAUAAUAUGUGGCAAAGGUAUUGUUUUAAAACAAAUUUAGAAACCAUCUCAUGAAGAUGUUGAAAAAUAUCAUUAAGUUUACCUUUUAUCUGUUAAAGACCUUUGUGAUCAAUGCAAAGGGCAUUUCAUUGUAAAUAUUUUGAAUUUUUAAUUUAUAUAAAUAAAUUAAUAGAGAGUCAAGUAAAUUUAUGUAUAAUUCUAUCUUAAAUUAAUUUAUAUUAUAAAUUAAAAGCUGUUUAAACUAGAUUUUUAUGAAUGA